UUAAAAAUGAUAAAUUUAAAAAAUUACUGUAAUUAUAUUGAUCAAAUAAAAAAAUAUGCCAAGCGCAGUGACAUAAGUGAAACGGAGUUGGAAAAAAUAUUCGACGAGUGUUUUGACGAUAUUGAAAAAAAGUUUAAAAAAAAUAAACGGGGAAUUUGCAAUGUCAUUUGUAAAUUACUUCAACUAUUUUUAAUUGUUAAUUUUUUAUUAUUGUUAUUAUUAAUUGUUAUUUAUCAUGAUCCUCAUUUAAGGAGUUUUUUUUUACGGAAUUUACAAAGUUAUAUUUAUCCUGGGUUUUAUAUUUUUCGGAAACUCGCGGUACCUGUCAUUACACGUUAUCCUACACUAACAGAAUAUUAUGAUGAAACAUGCUUGGUUGAAAAUCCAUUCUUCCAACUAUCAAGCAUCGAUUGCUGGCCAUGUAACACGAUCCAAACGAUUCCCGAUAUGUCGGGAUUAAAUUGGAGCAUACCUCGUAAUUUUAAUUUUGGGUUUCCUUUUAUCAGACAAGAAAACGACAGUAUUAAUAAUUUAUCUAGCUUAUUUGAUAUGCUGGAAAUAAAUAAAGAUAUUUUUAUUAACGACGCUCGGAGAAUUAGCUCAAAUAAUAUUGACUACCAAAAUAUUAAUGAUGUUAUCAAUAAAAGAUUAGAUAUUAAUAAAUCUCAGCUUGGAAAAACACACAUAUCAUGGAGAAUAAAUAGAAUGACACCCGGUAGAAUUAUACGAAAAUUAUUUCCAAAACCAAAAGGUACUCCUGAUUGGUGGGGACAAUCUGUUGAGAGAUUUAUUUUUAUUGAUGAACCAUUAGCUCCUCUUUAUAAUUUAUCCCGAGUGUCUAAGCACUUGUCAGCCUACCGCGAUAAUUUUAAAAGCUGGUUACACCUUAUGGUACAAUUGGUUGUACUGGAGACCAAUCAGCUACCCAGUGACCAAUGCAACGGAAGUUUCUGUUAAUUAUUUAACGUCCUUCUGUUAA